AUGGCAUCCCGUGCAACAUUUGGGAGCCCUGCACGGCUAGCGAGAACCUCGUCGCUCGUCUCCAAUCUGCUCACCACAGGUCAACCUCUCUCACGUCCUGCACGAAGCUUGUUCCAUGUCGCAAAGCCUAGAGCAACAGCUGCGCAUUGCCAGCGGCGACUUUUUUCCAGCAGUAUCGAUGGUUCCUCGACCGCUCCCAGAUCCACCUCAACAACUAGCUCAAAUAAUGACAACUUGGAGGAGUUGACAUCAAGGAAGCCUGAGGAAGUGGUGCUGGAGGAAACUAUCGUGGAGGAGACCAUCAUAGAAGAGGCUAGGACUCCAGACGAGACAACCACAAUAUCACCAGAAGCAGAGGCGGAAGCGCCCAUGGAACCCGAAGACCCAGACGCAACCCCCUGGUACCUCGAGGUCGAGCCGCCGCGCCACCCGACCCUCGUCCCGCACGACAUCCCCCUACCCCCAACGCCGGCCGACUCCCCAGCGCUGGUCGGGCCGCUGAUCAAGUUCGUGGCCGAAGACCUCGGAGUGGACGACUUCUCGGUCCUGGACCUGCGCACGCUCGAGCCGCCGCCCGCCCUGGGACCCAAACUCAUCAUGAUGUUCGGCACGGCGCGCAGCGAACGCCACCUGCACGUGUCGGCGGACCGUCUCGUGCGGUGGCUGCGGGGCCACGGCAUCUCUGCGCACGCCGACGGCCUGCUGGGCCGCAACGAGCUCAAGACCAAGAUGCGGCGGCGCGCGCGCAAGGCCAAGCUCAUGGGCGACACCGCCUGGGACAAGGGCGACGACGGCAUCAGCACCGGCUGGAUCUGCGUGAACCUCGGCACCAUUGGGUGGAAGCCCAUGGCGCCCGAGGACGAGGUCGUCCGGACCGACGCCGAGGGACGCGUCACGGGUUUUGGCACCCCGAUCGAGGGUACUACCUUGGUCGUGCAGCUGAUGACCGAGGGAAAGAGGGAGGAGCUGGGGCUUGAGAGGUUGUGGAACGGUGUGCUGAAGAAGAGCGACAAAGACAGAGCGGAGAUUGCUGCUGCUGAGAAUGUGGAGGAGGUGCCGUACUUUCCUCCACACAUAAAGCGAGGAAAGAGGGGCCGCCGUGCUUGA